CGUUGCAGACCGUCUAUCUAUUUAAGCCAAGACCGAGAACAGUCCUUGCACAAUUUGACUCCGGUGGCUUGAAAGAGACGUCAGUACUUUCAACACUUGCACUUUACCACCACCACCACCACCUCAUCUUCUACCACAAUGAAGGUUUUCUGUGCAACUCUAUUGUUGGUGGCUUCGGCCGUCGCUGGACCACACCAUGAGAAAUCUCCCAGCGUGGGCCAAAACGUCGUGCCAUCCGCAUCUCCCUCGCCGGUGCCAUAUCCAGGCCAAGUACCGGCUUACCCAUCGCCUUACCAGUUCGGCGCCGACUUCGGCAGUCCGUUCGCCAGAUCCGGAUUCGCCGCCAAGGCCGCUCCCGCUCAGGCUUCUUACGGAGCUUACCAACCGUACCAACAGCUUCCGUACUAUCCGUCUUCGGCUUAUUCCGGCUACCCGACACCGUAUGCCGCACAGUCCGCCUACCCCGGCGCCUACUACAACGGAUAUUCCGGUGCGGGCGCGUACCCGUAUUCCGGUUACCCGUACAACUCGUACUCGUCCAGCGCUUACCCGUCGGGCUACCCGGCGUUCAGAAGCCAAUUCGCUGAUCCCGCCGUCGGCCAAUACAGCCAGUACUCGUCCGCCGCCGCCACCCCUUACUCGGCCCUCCCCUACUCCGCCUCACCAUACUACUCGGCCGGGCCAGCGUCUCACCAACAGCCGUCGCUCUACAACCAAGCCCAGUUCCAGCCACAACAGUACCCUUACUCGCCAAACUCCGCCGCCGCCGCCGCCGCCUCACCGUUAGUCGCCAACGAUUCCCCGUCCAAGGUCACCGCCGAAAACAAAUAACUCUCACGACCAUGAUCUAAGUUGUAUUUAUACCUUAAGUAUUUUAUUUUGUAACAAUUGAGCGUCAAGACUAUUUUCUUAUUUUAAUAAAACCAAUACGCAUUUUACCAACA